AUGGAAGACGAAAUCGCAGCUCUCGUGAUCGACAAUGGGUCAGGAAUGUGCAAAGCUGGUUUCGCUGGAGACGAUGCUCCUCGAGCCGUCUUCCCCUCCAUCGUUGGACGACCUCGCCAUCAAGGUGUGAUGGUGGGAAUGGGACAGAAGGACUCAUAUGUGGGAGAUGAAGCCCAAUCUAAAAGAGGUAUUCUUACACUCCGAUAUCCAAUUGAACACGGUAUUGUCACAAAUUGGGAUGAUAUGGAGAAGAUCUGGCAUCACACCUUCUACAAUGAGCUCAGAAUCGCACCUGAGGAGCACCCAGUCCUGCUUACCGAGGCUCCUCUGAACCCCAAGAAUAAUAGGGAAAAGAUGACUCAGAUCAUGUUCGAGACCUUCAACACUCCAGCAAUGUAUGUAAACAUUCAAGCUGUGCUGUCAUUGUACGCUUCUGGUCGUACUACCGGUAUUGUCCUCGAUACUGGAGAUGGUGUCACCCACACCGUACCUAUCUAUGAGGGUUACGCUCUCCCCCACGCCAUUCAGCGUCUGGACCUCGCUGGUCGUGACCUCACUGACUACAUGAUGAAGAUUCUUACUGAGCGUGGCUACACCUUCACUACUACGGCCGAACGUGAGAUUGUCAGGGACAUUAAGGAGAAACUGUGCUAUGUUGCACUUGAUUUCGAACAAGAACUCGCUGUUGCCAGCAGCUCAAGCUCAUUGGAGAAGAGCUAUGAGCUCCCUGACGGACAGGUCAUCACUAUUGGAAACGAGCGCUUCCGUUGCCCCGAGGUUCUCUUCCAACCCGCCUUUAUCGGAAUGGAAUCUUCCGGUAUCCAUGAGACCACGUACCAAUCUAUCAUGAAGUGCGAUGUUGAUAUCAGAAAGGUGGGUGAAUCUGUCAAAAUGGGGUCUUCACGGUUUUAUUUAUGA